CAUUUGAUUAACCUAGCCAGGGUUUACAUUGAAAUUUAAACAAGUAUUUUUUCUUCUUUUUUUUUCUUCGUUUUAUUCGGAUUAAAGGCCAGACAUUUUUGUCAAAUCCACUUGCAUUUGGAGGAAUCGGAUUACAGUUGAGUCCAAUUAGCGUAACAAUCAGAUGUCAUUUGAAAGAAUCCACCACUUGUUUUAAUUUCCUUUAAUUAUUUUGUAAAUUUUUCUGUUUUACGUACUUGUGAUUUGCGUACGUAUAUAUAUAGCAAACCUCCCCUUUGCUCCACGAGGUCGUAAGUUGCUUCAACUUUUUUGAGCAAAUAAACAAUUUUGUUUUCUUCAUACUUUGGUUACUUACUUGUGGCACUUGAGCAGUACGUACCCUACUGCCGUCUGCCAACACUUCUCUCUUAGCUUCUUCAGCUUGCCCACCAAUCUAACAGAUUAUAUAUAGUGCUUCAUCAUCAUCAAAAAUGAAUUUGAUGUGCAAGGAAAUGCAAACAUUACUUCCAUCCGGUGGUUACAAUCAUAAAAUGGACGUGUUCAAUCCUCGCCGGCAGAAGGAGAAGGUGGUGAUCGUAAUGGGAGCAACCGGGACGGGGAAAUCGAGGCUCUCGAUCGACCUGGCCACCCAUCUCGCCGCAGAAAUCAUAAACUCUGACAAAAUGCAAGUCUACAAGGGGCUUGACAUAGCCACCAACAAAAUAACCGAAGAAGAACAACGUGGGGUACCGCACCAUUUGCUAGGGAUACUAGAUCCUAAUGAAGAUUUUACAGCAACAGAUUUUUGUGACGAAACCUCACUUACCAUUGAAUCCAUUUUAGGCCGGGAUCGCCUUCCAAUCAUCGUUGGAGGCUCCAAUUCGUACAUUGAGGCCUUAAUUGAUGACUACGACUAUAAGUUUCGGUCCAAAUACGAAUGUUGUUUUUUAUGGGUAAACGUGUCCACGCCGGUUCUGCACUCAUUUGUGUCAAAACGGGUGGACAAGAUGGUCGAAAAUGGGAUGGUGGAUGAGGUGAGGGAGUUCUUCCAUCCCAAUGCGGAUUACUCGAAAGGGAUUCGAAGGGCAAUUGGGGUGCCUGAAUUCGAUAAGUACUUUCGGUAUGGGCCAUUUUUGGAUGAAGAAACUAAAGCUAGGCUACUAGAACAAGCAGUGGAGGAAAUUAAGAAGAAUAAUUGCAAAUUGGCCUCCCGCCAAUUGGAGAAGAUUCAAAGACUUAGAAAUGUUAAAGGGUGGAAUUUGCAUCCGUUGGAUGCCACGGAGGUGUUUCGAAAGCGCGGCAAGGAAUCCGAUGAAGCCUGGGAAAAGUUUGUUUAUGGGCCAAGUGCUCAGAUUGUUCGUCAGUUUCUGUACAAUUAUGCCACAGCUGAGGUCCCUGUCAAUCUUGGUGCCAUGAGGGUCCCUAUGGAAAGUGCAGCACUCGCUGCUGCAACUCGCUAGGAAGACUUAGACAUUAUUUCUUUUUUAAUUAUGCAAUACAUUUUGAUGCACUACCUUAAUCUAAUCAUGAGUGUAAAAUAAAGGAUUAAUUGUCAAUGUCAUGGAAAUUUCGUAAGCAAUAAUUAAUUUAUAUGCUCCAUGUCAGCAUGAUAUGAUUAAUUAUAGAUAGCUUUUUGGCUUUAGCUUUUCAGAGGCAUUGGAUCCAUGAAAAAAAUAGGGUGUAUUAUUAUUAUUAUUAUGAAGAGAAUGUAUGUAAGUUGUAACCUUCAAAAUGACUACUAUAAUAAAGUUGUUCUUUCUUUCUUUU